AUGUUUCAGCUUUGGAAACUUGUUCUUUUGUGCGGCCUGCUUGCCGGGACCUCAGCAUCUCUUUUCGACAGUUUUGGCAAGGAUGUUCUGAGGAAGCUGAAAACUGGUCUUGAGAAAGGACUUGACAACCUUGACAGUACACUUCAAACUAUUUUUCAGCAACUGAAGACUGUCUUCACAUUGCCCCAGGAGUCCAAUACUGCGGAAGCCCAGGAGAAUACUGAGGAAACUAAGAACUUACUGGAACAACUCAUUUCAGGAAUUUUUCAAGUAGUGUACAGACUUACGGGGGUGAAAAUCAGCAAUCUUCACAUCCUGGAUCUCACAUUAGAAGCGACUUCUGACAGCAGUGCUAACGUGAAAAUCCCCAUCACUGCAAAUGUCAACGUGAAACUGCCUGUGUUGGGUGAGAUUGUCGACUUGGCCCUCGACUUGGUCCUCCAGUUUCGUGUCAGCAUUGAAACUGUUGAAGACACUGAUAUUUACAAGGUGGUCGUGGAAGAAUGCAACAACGAUCAACAUAGCAUCUCACUCACCGUGCUGGGCAGGCGCAUUGGACUGCUCAAUGAGGUUCUGAACUUUGCGACCAACCUCGUGAAUGAGGUGUUGUCCUGGUAA